GUCCUGUUAUUGUUUUUCACUAAAGUUUCUAAAUAUUCAUUUAAUUUGUGACAUAAAAAUAAUGUUUGCAGGCUGAAGGCAUGAUGGAGCAUCACUUCCAGCAGUAUCUGCCCCUGGACCAGUCUACAGACAACAUAAAGAACAUAGCUAACAACUUUCAGAAAAACUUUCACUGCUGCGGUCUGUUCAGCCACUCGGACUGGAACGAGAUUCCCGACUCCUGUCUGUGCGAUGAGGGCGAGUGCCAGAACAUCGGCUACAGCGAUUUCAUGCUGCAGAGGUCCAUCUACUCCAAGACCUGCUUCCCCAUCAUCAUGUACUACGCCCUGUUCGCCAUCAACAUCGUGAUCGGAGUCGUCUUCACUCUGACUCUCCUGGCCCUCUUCGGCAUGAUUCUCUCCUCCAUCAUGAUCCACCAGAUCCGUUACACCAACCAGCCCACCAUCCUGCUGACUAUGCCCACCAUCUUCUCCCCACAGCCACCGAAGUACAAGGAGCUGCACAACCCCCCGCCGUAUUAGAGGGAGGAAGCUGCACCUCUCUGCUCGGUGCGAGGGAUCCAGGAGACCUCUUCAUCUUCAUCAUCCUUUAUCACCCCCCCCAUCCUCUGCACAUCCAAACCAUCUCAGCCUCUCUGACUUUGUCUCCACAGCUGUGACAUUUCUGUAUCUGUAAGACUUCGUCUUAUCCAGAUAACUUCAGGAUUAAUCUUUCCUCUACUAUGAAGGUGGUUCACUUCUCACUGGGGUAAAUCACCAUGGUAACUGAUGCUGUGAAGAUCCCUCGGACCUCUGCAGGGAGAGCAGGAGGGUCCGACGCCUCGGCCUCCUCAUGAGCAUCAGUAAUAAACACAGAUUCUUAGUCCUUAUUUGUUUCUGUUGGCAGCAAAUAAUUUCAUCCUUCUGCAUUACUAUCAGAUCCUAAAACCGGACACCCGUUCAGCUGUACUGC